AUGAAGUCGCUCGCUAUUGUCUGCCUCCUGCUUUGCGGUUCGGCCUUGGCCUUCCGAAAGCAGGGCGUCGCCGUCAAGGGCACCCUCGUCUGCAACGGUGUUCCAGAGGUCGGAACGAAGGUCAAGACCUGGGAUGUUGACCGCAGUAAGUCUACAUGUUUUAAAUAUAUGUCUGUCGGGAAAAUAAUGAGCACUCCGUGGCACCGGAAUCGCAUCGCCGCCGAGAAAACGAAUUGUGCCGCGGCAAAAUCAAAUUUCUUUCACUUCAACAAAGUGAUCGGCGCAGCGACAUAAUGCUCAUUAUUUUUCCGACAGACUGCUAGUCCGUUUGCAAAGUCGCCGGAGGCCUGAAAAAUAGGCUCGACCAGGCCCGUUUUCAAAACUUCCAAGGUCCGGCCCGCCCUGGCCCGGUUGCCAUGUCUGGAGUUCAGCGACAGGCACUAUGCAAAAAACGUCAAAACGACAGCCCAAAAAAAAUUUGCACUGUUCAAAAAACAACAAAUUGCGCAGUGCAAGGAAAACUUUUAUUUUCGCACAGUGUCGUAACGUGCUUGUUUUUCAGACCCCGGAGACAGCGAUGACCAAUUGGCCGCCGCAGUCACCGACCGCAAGGGCUACUUCGAGUUGGAUGGAACCACCCGCGAAACCACUCAAAUCGAGCCCGAACUCCGCGUCUACACCGACUGCAAUGACGGCCCGGCUGUGAGUUUUUAUCCCAUCUUAUAUUAUAUAGAUGCCCAUAGCCUAUGCUUGUCGGGCAGUAAAAUCGCCGGCGAAAAAAACGCACUAUUGCAAAAUUCUACGAAAUUUAUGGCCUGAUUUGUAGAAAAAGUAUUGUGAAAUAGUCUGCAGCAUUUGAGUUUAAAGCCAAGGCUAUGAUUUUUUUUAGCCCUGCCGUCGUGUCUUGACAUUCCCCGUGCCACCCGAGUACAUCCACACCGGAAAGGCGGAGAAGAUCUACGAUUUCGGCCGCAUCGAAUUGAAGGACAAGCAAGAAAAGGAGCGUCGCACUUGCAAGGAAGACCAAUAA